UUAGGGAGAGCAGCAGAAGGAAGGGAAGGAUAAGAAUGGAAAAAUGUGUAAAUAGUUGUUUGGAAGUUUGUGAAAAAUGGAGUUAUGGUGGACAUUUGUUGCGAAAUGGGAUUGAGGUUGGGGCUGGUUUGGGCCACCGACGGUGACAUUAUCAUCAGAUUUCCCCCCCUAUGCCUACAUGAAUGGUCCGGACUCUCACAAGAACCCCAAACAGAGAAAUAAAAAAUUAUAAAAAAAGACUGAUGGGGCUUGCGGAAGGAGGCAUGUGGAUGAGUGGGGGACACACCAAACUCAUCACUUUUAUACAAAAAACCCUUCCUUUCAAAUAAUUGUCACACUUUGGUGAAGAACAAGACCAAGAACAGGAAGAACAGGAGGAAGAACAGGGAAUCAAUCAAUUUUCAGUACCAUUUCCCUGCUUUUCUUCUGCAUUUUUGUUGGGGGAUCUUCUGUGUUGUCGUGUUGAAGAUAUGCCAAGACCAGGUCCAAGGCCUUAUGAGUGUGUGAGAAGGGCUUGGCACAGCGAUAGGCACCAACCCAUCAGAGGUUCUCUGAUUCAAGAGAUUUUCAGGGUUGUGCAUGAGAUUCAUAAUUCCUCCACUAAGAAGAACAAAGAAUGGCAAGAAAUCCUUCCUGUUGUUGUUCUCAAAACUGAAGAAAUUCUCUACUCCAAGGCCACUUCUGAGGCUGAAUAUAUGGAUUUUAGUACACUUCGGGACCGCUUAAUGGACGCCAUUAAUACCAUUAUACGCCUUGAUGAGAGUACAGAGACUGGAGACUUCCUUCACCCAUGCAUUGAAGCUGCUCUCAAUUUAGGCUGCACACCCAGAAAAGCUUCAAGGAGCCAACGCAAUAAUAUCUGUACAAACUAUCUCAGUUUUAGGAAUCAGGACUCUCCCACCUUGUCUCCUCCUCCAAUGACAGUGAGGAAUUCUCCUUGUGUCCCUUAUUUUUGGAGUUUGGCUAAACCUGUGGCCAAUGAUUUAGGCCAUUCAGGGUUUAGAUUCCAAUGCCUUCUUCCUGCUCAUACUUCCACCACUCAAAAAUUCCCUGCUUUGUUAACUCCACAUGGUUUGAUGGAAAAUGCUCUUCCAUCCACCAAAUUCUCUGUUUAUCCACUAUAUUAUGGCAAUGGUGUUCGGGAACGACAACAUUCUGGUAUCGAAAUCGCUCCGAUUUCUAUGCCUGUUAUGGAGAAAACUAGUGCCUCUGGGAGCCCAUGUGAUGAUAAAUGUGAUCUAGCAUUGCGAUUGGGUCCUCUCGCAACGUCAAGCUCGAGCUAUGGAAACAAAACUCCGCUUCGUGUUCUUGGUUCGGGUAGUUCAUCGGAGGAUUGUUCCCCAGUGAUGGAAAGGAAGGUUCCCUUGAUUCCAAUGGUAAAUUCAUAUGGCUUAUCUGAGCACAAUACAUUCGGGCGAAAUCUUGAAGAUGAAUGUUUCGAUGCAGAAAUGAGGAUGAGAAAACGAAAGGCAGAUUGUAGUCAUUCAUUGAAUUGGCUCCCAAAGCUUCCCUCCAGUAGGUUCAUAGGGUGAAUGUUAAGAAACAACAGAAUUAUAGACGAAAGAAAGGUCGAACAGACGAGUUCCUCUGACACAAAUCGUCCACGAGCGGACGAGUUCAUCUAAAGAAGCAACUGGGUGAGGUUACUGUCUGUGGAAAUGGGGGACAGAGAGGCAUUGAGGCAACAAGCUGAUAUAUCAUAUGCUUUGGUUCUGUGGGUCCUUUUUUUUCUUCUUCUUUUUUUUUUUUUUUUUUUUUUUUUUUUUUUUUUUUUUU